UGUGUGAGAGAGAGAGAGAGAGAGAGAGAGAGAGAGAGAGAGCUCUGCGGAUUUCAGAGCGAGGAAAUGCUGCCUCCUAUCUGAGACAACCGCAACCCCAGUCACAGACACAACAUGUACCGGAUGGACCUGCGAACACCGGAGAGCUUCAACAAAUUGGUAAACGAUGGGCUCCGAACAGGCGGCAGAACAACACUGGACAUUUAAGAACUACAGGACGGAUGACUGUAUCUGAAACCUCCCUGCGCUAAAAUGGGAAUCGACAGGAGACACCGGGCGUCCUUAGCUCUUACUCUCAACUUUAUCGCCCUGGUCUUUUGUGUCACCGCCUUCAGUACCAGCUACUGGUGUGAAGGGACCAGGAAAGUAGUGAAACCUUUCUGUAAAACUAACUUAAAGGAAAAGCAGAACAACUGUAUCGAAUAUAACAGUCCGGGCAAUAACGACAGCAGCGUGGUCCAAUAUAGUUGGGAAACCGGCGAUGAUAAGUAUGUGAUCUGUUAUUUCCAUGCCGGCAUCUGGUUCUCCUGCGAGGAAAAUAUCAGUGGACAAGGGGAAAAAUGCAGAAGUUUCAUUCAUCUGACUCCACCUACUGAACGAGGUGUCCUCUGGUUGUCCAUUGUGGCUGAAAUCCUUUAUAUUCUCUUGCUGAUCGUUGGCCUCAGUCUCAUGUGUAUAGAGAUCUGCCACUACACAAAUGUGAUCGAUGGGUUAAAGCUGAACGCCUUUGCUGCUAUCUUUACAGUUCUAUCAGGUCUCCUGGGAAUGGUAGCCCACAUGAUGUAUACGACUGUGUUUCAGAUGACCGUCAACCUUGGCCCAGAAGACUGGAGACCACAGACCUGGGAUUAUGGGUGGUCAUACUGUCUGGCUUGGGGCUCGUUUACCUGCUGUAUGGCUGCAUCAGUGACAACAAUAAACACUUACACAAAGACCAUCCUCGAGUUCAAGCACAAAAGGAAGAACUUGGAGAGAAGCUUAAAAUCAAAGCCCAAACUGAUCGAGCAUGAAGUGCCAGCAGAACGAGUUUGGGACAGAUAUAUUAGCUCAGUACCCAGCUCCACAGAGGAGUUCCUUGACCUCUCCAGUAACGGUCGAAAAAUGUCUAGUGGCUCCGUCUUUGCAGAUUUGAAUGACAUCUUGGAGGCACAGGGUGAAGAAUACUGUUGAUUUCUGGGACAUCAUGGCAGAUUGGUCAGAGAUAUUACUUGCACAUUCUGGAAGGUUUUCUCUCUACAGUUUCCUUUUCCCCACAAAUUUGAUGAUGUCACAUAUCAGACGAAAUCAGUAUGGAAUCCUUGAUCAACUAUAGUAUCGUACUUUGGUUGGUAAAAAGCUCUGUCUAAGAGGGAGAUGGUCAUCUCUGACUGUUGGUUAUUUACACACGUUACAUGUUUACAUGCUGUAUGAAAGUGGCCCUCAUGCCUUCAGUUUCAAAACAUAUCUUAUAUUCCAUAGCCCGCAAAAACUGUUAAAGAAUGAGGUCUAAUUUGCGCUGUAGGGUAAACACUUAUCUUUGUAGAGACAGCCAACAAGCACUUUAUGGGAAAGUGUAUGAAUUAAAUAGAUACAGGAGGAUAAGCAUCAAUCUUCCACUAUGGGUGCUAGAAUCUAAACAAAGGAAUUAACUUUGCUCUCAGUGAGUGUCCUUGGAUAAAAUUAAUUUGACCAUAAUCCAGAAGUGCAAGUUGGCCUAAUUUGGCAUUUGAUAUGAAGUUCUUCAGCCAUCCAUGAUCAAGAGGUGGAUGAAAUUAUCCUUUGAUACCAUCUUUAGACAGCGACUAUACAUAAUGGAGCCAGCAAUGAAAAGGUGGCUUUUUCUCAAGUGGUUAUUGAGGUGUUAUACUGAGGCAGAAUGAAGAGGUACUGUACACAACCUAAACACACGUAAUACUGGCACUAACAAUCUGAAAGCGAAACAGUCCCCUGCCCCAGUAUUAAUGCUCUUCAUCUUUAUUAAAGAUGCAUCAUCAGAAGGCUCCCAAGGAUGACGUGGUCAUUUUGCGGAAUAUUGUUCCAAAAAAUGAAUUGUCUUCAAAAAUUUUCUUUUUUCAUCCAGAGGCUACACAAUUCUAGAAGUUUUCUGCUCUAGAGUUCUUAUUAGUAGACAGUACCAUAAAUGAAAAGGAACAGUACAGAUUGUCAUUAGGUUAGAAUGAAAUGGAUAGGCUGUACACAUGGCAACACUACCACCACCACCACCAUCACCACCAUCAUUAUCACCAUUAUCAUCAUCAACAUCACCAUCACCAUCAUUAUCACCAUUAUCAUCAUCAACACCACCACCACCAUCAUUAUCACCAUUAUCAUCAUCAACAUCACCAUCACCAUCAUUAUCACCAUUAUCAUCAUCAACACCACCACCACCAUCAUUAUCACCAUUAUCAUCAUCAACACCACCAUCACCAUCAUUAUCACCAUUAUCAUCAUCAACAUCACCAUCAUUAUCACCAUUAUCAUCAUCAACACCACCACCACCAUCAUUAUCACCAUUAUCAUCAUCACCAUCACCAUUAUCUUGAGAAAGAGCAAGAUAGCUUAAUAGCAUCUGGGAGCCUAGUUAGAGACUUAGCUGUGGGGUUUAUAGAGAGACCAUUCAGACCUGCUGGAACUUUCACUGUGUUUUUGGUUCUCAAGUGUUGUAUCAUCUUGGAAUUUAGAUUUCAUUUGCUGCUCACUGUGGAUUUUGCAUGGUCUCGUACAGGAAAAUCUGUACCUUCUUUUCUAAAAUAAUAAUAUCACAAAAAAUGAAGACCUGGAAAAGUAAUCCAACUCCACCAUUGCUCUGAAAGAAGUAAAUUUGUAUUGACCUUGCCCAAAAUCAAUGCCCAUACCAGAAAUAUUCAAUCCCUCCAUUUAAUCCAGUAAAAAGUCAUAAUCUACCUUUUCACUUCAUGAAUAAAGGGGAAUUGUUCAUUCAUUAUUUUGUAAGUGUUGCAUCGUCAGUCACUUAUUUUGUAGCAUUGUCUAAUUAUAUUUAGAAUUUCCAGCAAUGCCCAAAUUUUUCUAGUUUAUUCCUUAGUCUCUUAAAUUAUUUCUCACUCGGUUCCAUUGUGACAAGGCCCGUCGAAAACUGGAAGUGAAAAAAUACCAGUCACACAUUCAAUGAGUCCCACAAUCUACAGUCUUGUGACCAUCCCUUUACUGUUUAUUGCAGCACAGUCAAUUCAUGUUGAUGCUUCCCCAGUGUGAAGGAAAUAGAUCAACAGUUUUCCUUUGUCUUAAUAAUUUUGUAUUUUUCCAUUCAAAUUGUUCAAGAGGUACUGUGAUUUCAAGCAGAAUGACAAUCUGACUGGGAUAAUAACGAAACACGGAAGAGCCUGUGCAGUUGAUAGAUAGGUUUCAAGAUAAUAAUUGGUUUCAGAUCAUUGAAUCAUUGGGUGGUGCAGAUGGGGAAUUGCUCAUCCAUAAUUUCAGUAGAUUUGUCUACUGAAAUACAAUGAAAAGCAAUUUUAAUAUGAGAUUUCAGAACUGAGACUCCUUAGCUGAAAUGGGAACCAAACAUUUUGAAUGUAUCUUCAAGUAAUACUGAGAAUCUCUAUACAGAAUCUAUACAUUACAGAGAACAUACUAAGGAUGGAAACUUGCUCAGUCCUAAACUAGAGCAUUUUAUCGGAGAAUCAGACAUGUUAUUGUCGAAUAGAUUGCCAUAAUCUUCAUUCACAAGGUGUUUAGAUCUUUGUGUGAUCAUUUUAAUGUGUUUUACAAGAUUUUAAUACCUGAUACAAUAUAUCUAAGGAUUGUGAAGAAGGGAAAGAAGUAUUAGAUAUCAGUGUCCUCCAACUAUAGUACCUAUUUUAUCACUUAAAAUAUGUUUAUUUCACACUUUGACCAAUUUACCAAGGCCCUUCACAGAAUUAUUAUAAUACUGAAUUAUAAUAUUGAGUCAUCAAAGAGGAACAGUUAAGAAUGGAGGGGUGAAGAGAGAACUGGAACUGGCGGAUGUCAGAAUGUGCAGAGCAAAGUUGUGAAUCCCUUCAAACUUCUGGAAACUGGAGCUUGUGAUGUUUGUCAUCAAUACUUUAGAAUAGUAAUGUCUAAAGAUACCUCUUAACCUUUGAACAAAGAAAUAGGUUUCAGUAGCAGACAGGCUGAUUAAUGUGUGGUGUUUUAGAAGUGGUGUAGAAAUACUGUCCAAAGCUUUUUUGGGUUUAAAUAUGGCACCAAAAUUGCAAAUAGCCUGGUUUAGUUUCACACAUAGGAGGAGAGAUGGUGUUGGUGACUGAAGAAUAGAAUAUAUGAUGCGAAGUGGAGACAAUAAUUCCACCCUUUGUCAUUAGUUGUCCAAGUGCCACCUUAAAUGCAGAUGAAAGGUCAAGAUAGGAAAACUGUACACAAUAGAAAUCUGGAGUAACACACAAAAUACUGCAUGAACUCAGCAGGUCAGGCAGCAUCUGUGGAGGAAAAUGUACAAUUAACACUUUGGGCCAAGACCUUUCAUCAAGACUGGGGGGGUGCGGAUUAAGAGAGAUAGUAGUGAUGUAGAUAUAGAUGACACCAACAUACAAAAGGAAACUGAAGAUGUUUCCAGAUCACUACUACUACCAUCAAACAGGAGGUACAGAAGCUUUACAACUAUACCAUCAAGUUCAGGGACAAUUAUUAUCCUACAACUAUCAGGCCCCUGAACCAGUAUGAAUAACUUCACUCACCUCAUCACUGACUGCACAACCUAUUUACUCAAUUUCAAGGACUCCACAACUCAUGUUUUCAAUACUUUUUAAAUUUAUUAUUUGCACAAUUUAUCUUCUUUUUCACAUUGGUUGUUUAUCCAGUCUUUAUUAAGAGUAGGGUUUGAUAAAUUCUAUUGCAUUUCCAUAUUUUUCUAUAAAUACCUGAAAGAAAAUUAAUUUCAAGGUAUUAUAUGGUGGCAUAAACAUACUGUGAUAAUAAACCUGCUUUGAAAUUUGACUCUUGUCCUUGGACACCAUUGUAUCUUCACCAAUUUCUAUUUCCAUGCCAAAGGUCUUGAAUAUUUUAAGCACUCUUCUAUCACAGCCCUGCCCCCGCCAAAUUAAUCCUCACUUUCCUGAUUUGAAUCCCUCCAAUCAGAAUUCUGCUGAAGACUAGCAACAACUGUUCAACUUCAAUUCAACUAAUUUGCCACUAUCAACUGUGGCAAACUCCUAAAUUAAUCCCUGAGCAGUGUAAUUUCUGUUAGUAAUGUACUAUGCUGCUGUUGCAAAGAGCUAAUUUUCAUGUCAUUUAUACCCUAGGUAUAUACAACUUUAUGAAUGUUCAAUAAGCUUGAAUUUCACAAUAAACUUGACAUUGAAUAAAUAAAGCUGGAUAAUCUCAGACUGGAAAGAUAGUAAAAUUGUUCCAAAGACUUGACAAGAUCCAAACUUAAUUUUCAUAUCCUCUCACUUAUUAUCUUUAACCUUGACUCUAUUCCCCAAAGCUACAAUUCACUUCACUUCCCUACUGGUACCAAUGUUAGCCAUUAACUGAGAUAAAUUGAAUUUUAAGAGUUGUUAUGAGACUUAAGCAGAAUUCUGAUUGGAAGGCUUCAACCCAGGAUAAAUGAAACAAUAAGAGGCCUAGGGAGUGUGAUCAGGCAGAACAGCUUUCCAUUAGCAGAAAGGAAUAAAGCAAAACACAUUACACUUUAUUUCCUUUUGCAUGCUGGUGUCAUCUGCUUCAUCAUUGCUGCUACAUCUCUUCACCCUUCCUCUGCCUCUAAGCUGACAGAAGGUUUGUCUGUUGAAUUAUUGGCUUUAUUCCCCAUUGCAUCUUCUCAGCCACCAGAUCCAUCCCUUUUCCUGAUAGUUAUAUGAAACUGAACAUGACAACUGCAAACUUGGUGCCAAGCUUAACCCAAAAUGAGCUUUGAAUUUAAAGAAAUUAGUAGAAGAUUGGAGAGAUGUUGAAACUGCCUGGGUGGGAAGUAAAGGCAGGAAUCUUCAUCAUAUUUAAAAAGAGAACUAAUUUACCAUUGGCUACAAGGUUGUGCGUCAGCUGCAGAGAAGAAGUUGGUGCCUAAAUAGCUUUGUUUUGGAAGUCAUGGAUAGGAUGGGCUGAAUUGUUCACUUUCGUACAAUUAAUUUCUUUGAGCCUACAACUCUUUCUCCCCAAUAUCCUUUCCGUAGUUGAAGAGCAGGCUAAUAUAAGAUUGUUAUUCUUGAAUCAUAAAAGACUUCCAAAAUAAUUGACCAAAAACAGUGUAAAAUUAAUUCAAGCAUUUUUAUGGAAGUUCCUUUUACUGAGAAUGGAAUCAUUAAUAACCUGUACAGUAUAUACUAUAUUCAAGUUUGACAAAUGUAGGGUAAACUGAAGGUGGGAUGGAACAGUGUAGAUGGGUGAUUGUUCUUGUACCUACAAUGAGACGGUGCAAUCUGUGGCCGCUUAUAUAAGAUAUAAAUUGAGAUGUAACACAGACCUUUUUGUUUUCAUGAUGGUGUCCAAAGUUCAGCUUUCAUAUAUUGCACCAUGACUUGACCAAUUUCUGAGUUGUUUUUCUAAGAUGCCAGUUGUGUCCAAUUCAGACUGGUUUAUCAUGUAUCAUUUGACUUGAAGUUCCCAAGAAAUGUGAGAUGAAAUACUUACACCUAUGUCUAACUUAUAGUUUCAAAGAAAUGCCAGCACUGAAAUGACAAUACACUACCAAAUGAUGAAACCAAACCUAUCAUUUGUGCUGUUGUGAAGUCUCAUAAUAUGAUCAUUCUUGGUAUGAUCCUUCUUCAGAUCAGUUAACCUAAUUGGACAAUUAUUGACAUGUUUACAAUUAAUAUCUGAUUUCCUGGCUAUCAGAAAGUGAUUUAAUUUUGCAUUAUCUGGUAUAGUCUGCCAGUGCUUUAGAGUCAAACUUCAACUUAUUGUGAAAGGUGAAAGAUUAUGCUCAAUGCCCUAAAAAUGAAGCUGAAGAGCCUAUACACCAAGGAUGUACAGAGCAUCAUCUACUCUUCCUUCUGGAUAGUUGGGUCCAUUUUUUUUUAUUGGGUCCCAUCGUACUGAGGUAAUGUGACUUACUAUGCAACACAUCAGCUCAGUCACACUCAUUCAAACUCUGUUUCACAAUAUUUUUGUAAUUUUAGUGGUGUAAACGUUUCUGAGCAAAAAUGGAACAAAGAAUUGCUUUUGUAAAUACCAGCAAAUGGAUGGUUAAUAUUAAGUAUGUACUGGUACAAUUGCACCACCUGCUGUUGCUGCUUAUGGCAAUUCUCCAUUCCCAUUUUCUAAAGAAGUUCGCCACUAUGGGCUUGUUAGACUUGGUCCAAUCAGUUUCCAUCUGGGUCAGAAGUUACUGAUAAUCCUUUCCUGGUGCACUUAAGUUCUGUUGUCACUAGAUCACUGAAUAAAUCAAUUGGUGUCUAUUGCAAUAUGGAAAGGGAAGGUUUACGAGGGAACCUCUCCCAGCUUGUGUAGGUCCCAGCUUCUUCUCCCUCCUGGGCUUCAUUGAUGAGGAUUCUUAUGUUUGUCAGCCUUCCCUUCCUUUGCUGAAGCUCUGGAAGGUGGUGGAAUACUCAUGCCUUAUAUUCAAUACAUUUAUAUUUAAAUCUAGCAAAAAAAGUUAUUGCUGUGCACAAAGUUUGCUUUUCAAUUUGGAUUAGUCCUAUUGAAAAUGUCUAUUUGGUGUGUAAUCUAAUAUGUAUCUCACUGGGAAUAUUUAUGUGCCACCAAGAUUUUGCCGUUAAAUACCUUCUAGCAAUCCCAGAGAGUGUGUGUUAUGUAUAAGCUGACAUAUAUACAAGAUGAUUUCAUUAGGUUUUGUAUAAUAUUUCUAAGAGAGGUGCAAACAGCUGUAAUGUUUCUCGCUAACAAGUAUUAGACCAAAAGAAUCCAGCUUGUACCUUUAACUUAAAUCAUCAGAAAUGCAUCAGAUCAUUAUACUUGUGUGAAAGUUUAUCUUAGGUGUGCAACAUCAGAUGACGGGAACAUUUCUUUUAGUGUGCAAUCCUUUGAUUUUGCUAUACCCUUGAAAUACAUUGAUAGUUAUGCACCUGGUACUAAUCCAUAGUCCAAAUUUAUAUAAGUAGUAAAAGUCGCUUUAAAAUGCAUUUAGAGUACAAUAGUUUUGUGCAGUCCCCAUGUGUUUGGCAGUUCCCAUUAUCUUAGAAUGUGAGUGUCAAUCUUGCACUAUACUAUCCUGGAAAGACUCAACAUUACUUAUUGCAGGAAUUCAAGCACACAGAGUUCUAACCUGAGUGUGAAGUUGGGAAGAUAUGUUCCUUCAUAACGUUACUACUGUUUUGGAGAUCCUGAGCAGAGUGAGGGAGUGUGCCUCCAACCAUAAGCACAUGCUAAAUAUUGAAUUAAAAUUCUAUUUCAGUGUCAGGAGAGGACAGGUCUGUCUCUGGCCACUGUGUGUUAGUGAGGUUAAAAGGCAAUGCUCUCAUGUUAGCCAUAGCCUAUUGACAACACACUUGCCUUCCAAUUAGAAGAUCCUGAGCUUAUGUCACAUUCCAAAUAAUGCAACACGAAAGUCUAAAAUGGCAAUUGGGGAGAUUUGUGCACUGUGGGAGGAGCCAGAUUUCUUAUGACAUUUUUUAAAUUUAAGGCCUGUCUAAUCCUUACUAGUAUGUACAAAUGAUCCCUUACCAUUAUGCUUAGAAGAGCAGGAAGUUCCCUAGGUGACCGGAGCAUUAUUUAUCUCUUAACUGAUAUCUCUAAAACUUAGCUGGGAAUUUUCACAAUGGCGUCUGUACACUUUCACCCCCUCUGAAUGCUACAUUAGAGUACAAUAGAACAGAAUGCAUUUUGGGCUUCCUGCGAACGUGUUUGGCGUUGUGUAAAUGCAAUUUCUUUAUUCUUAAUGUACCAUUCCAGUGAAAGUGUGGUGAAAUUAUUCAAAGCAUUUCAGUCUAAUCUUAAAAAAAAACUGCAGAAGCUGAAAAUAUGAAAUAAAAUCAGAAAAUAUUGGAAAAUAUCAGCAGGUCUAUGGAAAGAGAGCAGAAUUAACAUUUCAGGCCAAAACACCUAAGAUACAAAAUAAGUUAAUUAUAACAUACGAAAAGGUUGAGUUGGAUUAGAUAGGAAAAAAGGGGAAUUUCACUGAUAGGGUGAGACCAGAGUUGUGGAUGUGACAAGCUAUUAAUGAAUUGAUCUGUUUGAAGCCACAACUUUAUCAAUAGAUUGUUCCCUACAGUAAACCUAGUCUCACCCUAUCAGAGGUAUUCCCUUUUGACCUAUCCAUCUCCAAUCCCAUUCACUCUGCAUCCUGUUUCACCUUCUUACCAGUUCUAACAAACUGAAAUAUUAACUUUGCCUCUUUUUCCACAGAUACUGCCUGACCUGCUGUGGGUUACCAGCAUUCCCUGUUUUUGUUUCCAUGAUAAAUGUCUCUCAUAACAAUGUCAUUAACACAGAGAGGGCAUAAGAAGUAUUCUUUCCCACCAUUCAAAAAACAUUUCUGUCCUUUGGUCAGCUUUCGUAAAUCUCACCCAACUAAUGAUCAAAUCCUCUUCCCCCUCUCAAUCAGGAGAGAGCAACACAGGCAAGUGCAUUAUAUAAAUGAUAUGAACUAUGGCCGGUCACUCUUGUGUUAAAAUUCCACUCUAUGAUUUAAAACAGAAUAAUUAUUUGAUCACAAAAUUUUCACUGCCAUUUUUUCUGGAAUUUAAAUAGCAAUGUGUAUACUUAUGGGCUUAAAUUAUUGUAUGUACUUUCUAAAUAUUAAAUAUUGUUUAUAAUAUAUAAAUGAUUACUUUUCAGUAGUACAUGUCACUGUAACUACAUAUUGAUCAAACCUUCAUGUGAAAAAGUUUCAAUGUUUUUAUGUACAACUGUAUAUUUUUCAGCAGUGAUCAGUAAA